AUGGCGCCGGACAAGAGCCAGUUCCGCUACGAGCCCGCACCCCCCAUACCUACCUACGACGAGGCCAUCGCUUCCGGCGCUGGCAGCCAUACAGUUUUCGAAGCCCCACACUCCCCUCUCGACGCCACAGACCAUACAGAAGGCCACUCUCUGCUCGGCGGAACAGCAUCAUCCUCGAGUAACAAUGACCAACCCCGUCCACCGCGUGGCUACCGGCCACCCACGGUCGAAACAGACGACGAAGGAGAGCCAUGGGGCUCUGACGAUGAUAGCGAUUCUGAGGCCGAUCACGUCCGACGCGAGAUGCAAGAGAUGGAGAUAGACGACUCUAGCCACCGAUCACAAAGUUCAUGGGGCAAGCGGAUAGGGAGAUUCUCGCUACCACGAUGGAAGUGGGGGUGGAGGUUACCACAAAUAUCACUACCCCGAUUCAGGAGACACGAUGCGAACGCCAGCUUGGAAUCAGCUACGACGCCGGCCACCAACAAUGACACGAAUAACAGUAACAACCAAGAACAGCCGAGCUCUGGAAGUCGAUUCGCCUUCCCAACAUUGGGCAGCACCGCCCUUUUCCUAAUGGUUGCGCGCAUCCUCGCCCUGAUCCUCCUUCUCGGCUUUGUUUACUUGAUAUUUGUCUACGAUGUGUUCGGGAACAUGUCGCGCCGCCUCGGCUCGGGCAUGUUCAAUCCCAGCGAUAUCCGGGACUACUUGCAAAACAACAUCAGUGCCAACCAGAUCAAGGACAAUGUCCAGCAUUUCACCUCGUACUCUCACGUAGCUGGUACCGAAGGUGACUAUGCCCUGAUGGAGGAUAUUGAGUUGCUCUUCCGAAAAUACGGCCUGGAGGACAUUUCGCGUGACACUUAUCACGUCUAUCUCAACUACCCCAAAGCCGACGGGCGUGCGGUGGAAAUCAUCGACGACAAGGCGGCAACGGAAAAGGGUCAAGGGCUGUAUGGAGAUGUUCGCGGCCGCCUUAUCUACGCCAACUAUGGCUCGCGCGCGGAUUUCCAGCGUAUCAAGGACCUUGGGAUCAAGACUGACGGCGCCAUCGCUCUUGUUCGCUACUAUGGCCCCCAGGCCGAUCGCGCUUUGAAGGUCAAGGCUGCCGAGCUCGCAGGUUUCGCAGGUUGUCUCAUCUAUUCGGACCCUGCCGAUGACGGCUUCACAAAGGGCGACACUGCUCCCAAAGGGCCUUUCAUGCCUGCCGAUGGAGUCCAGCGUGGCAGCGUCAGUCUCAUGUCUUGGGUCAUUGGUGACGUGUUGACCCCGGGCUGGGGCAGUAAGGAUGGCGUGCCAAGGAUGAAGAAGGAACAGACGAAGGGACUUGUCAAAAUCCCCUCUCUCCCGCUUGCCUGGCGCGACGCCAAGGUGCUUUUGCAGCAUCUCAAGGGCAAGGGCCACCGUGUGCCGGAUGACUGGGUGGGUGGUGUUCCUGAGGUUGACGAGUGGUGGACUGGCGACCACGAAAGCUCGCCCAUCGUCCGGCUCAAGAACGACCAAGACGAAAAGGAAAAGCAGGCCAUCUGGAACGUGUAUGGAAGCAUUCUGGGAAUUGAACAGGAAGAGAAGAAAGUCAUCAUCGGUAACCAUCGUGACGCAUGGACUUUGGGUGCCGCUGAUCCUCAUUCGGGCACGGCCAUCAUGCUUGAGCUCGCCCGCGUCUUUGGCGAACUGAUGGCGAUGGGCUGGCGCCCGCUCAGGACCAUCCAGUUUAUGUCUUGGGACGCAGAGGAGUACAAUCUCAUUGGCUCGACCGAAUUCGUUGAGCAAAACGACGAUAUGCUGCGCAAGGACGCGCUGGCGUACAUCAACCUCGACACCGCCGUAACGGGCAACACUCUGCACGUGGCCGGCUCGCCCGUGUUCAAGGGUCUUCUGAUGCAGGUCCUCGACCUCGUCAGAGAUCCCUACGAGAACGCCACAUUAAAGGAGCUCUGGGAGCGCAGAAACGCCAACGACCUCGAGGGCCUCGGCGCCGGCUCGGACUACGUCGCCUUCCAGGAUAUUGUCGGCACGUCUUCGAUUGACCUGCACUUCGACGGCAAGGGCCACCCCUAUCACUCCAGCUACGACACGUUCGAGUGGAUGGAGCAGGUUGGUGACCCUGAUUUUGUACACCACACGAUGCUGGGACAGGUCGUUGCGAUCAUCCUGUACGAACUGGCCGACCGUCCCGUGUUGCCGUUUGACAUGCCGCACUACGCCGAGAAGAUUCGCGACUGGACAGGUGAGAUCACCAGGUGGGUUGAGGAUCAGGCCAAGGCCGCAAAAAAGGAUGCUGUGCCCAAGGAACUUAAGACGUCGCUCGAAAGCUUGAAAAAGGCCAGCGAUGCCGUCUUGGAGGCCGUGCGUUGGUUCGUGGAGUGGGAGCAUGAGUGGCAGGCGAGUGUCGUCUCGACCGGUGGAUGGGAGCCUUCCGGGUGGGGCAGGAGGAGGUGCGAGUUUAAUACGAAGAUGGGUUCGUUUGAGUCAGAUCUGUUGGAUAGUGAGGGUAUCCCAAACCGCACCCAAUUCAAACACGUCCUCUUCGGCCCCCAACUCUGGUCCGGCUACAACGAGGCCUACUUCCCUUCGAUCCGCGACACCGUCGAGUCCGGAGACUGGGCCCUGGCCAACCGCACCAUCGCCAAGGUCGCCGACAUCAUCAAGCUGGCCGCGGUUAACUUGGCCCGGGGAACUCUUGGGGAAGAUCAGAUAGGAUAA